AUGCAGUCUGUUGUUCAGCAAUCCCCAGUGGGAUGGAACCAAACACAAAUUGAGCGAAAUCCUGAGGAAUAUCACCGCCCUGUCGGUAAGCUUUCUUCUCUUGUGCCCAAUACCCCAACGCCCAAGACUUAUGCAUCGCCCGUCAUGAUACAGUCCCAGAUCGCCUACAGCGACCAUAUCACGCAAAACAUCGGCACCAUCUCGCCAAACUACAUUCCCUCCAACGGCAACCUCAUCCAGGGUCUACUCUACGUCCCAGAUCUGGAUGCGGGGGAUGACUGCAUCGGCAAGUCCAACAGCAUCAUCCCGACCUCGGUAGUGAGGCAGGCAAACCUGCCCCCAACGGCCUACAAUCUCAUCGCCAUCGCGCCUUGGAUUGAUUCGGACUGUUCUAAAUCCUUUCUCCGGGCGGCUCGCCAGGACCCCCUGCGAGCCCUCAUCUUCUACCUCCCUACCAAUGACACCUCCCCGCCCCCUCCAGCUGAUGCUGGCGAGUGGCUCAUUGACGACGCGAUGGACUGGAAGUCUCAAAACCACUUCCCCGUCUUUGCCGUACCUGGGGCUAUCGGCAGUCAGAUGAUGUACCAGUUGAGUCUUUACUCUGGCGAUCUGUCAACCGUCCCCUAUGGCCAAAACAUCAGCGAUCUCUACAACCCAAACGUUGGGGACUACGUCCGCAUAUGGACCGAACUCUAUACGUCGCCGCCAUCCACUCUCCCCGCGAUAUGGGCAUUUGUUCUCAUCAUCGUCGGCGUCAUUAUCUUCGUGAUCGCGUCCACGUCAUGCCUCAUGCAUCUCACCUGGCGCCAGCGACGAGCCUCGUUGCGCCGCAGAGUCAUCGAUGGCGAGGUGAACCUGGAAGCCAUGGGUAUCAAGCGCCUGUCGGUGCCGCUAGAGCACAUACAGUCGUUUCCUUUAUAUACUUACCACUACGAGCCUGCCGAGAUAAGCCCGCAGAUGUCGCCGGCUCUCCCACAGGAGCCGGAGAAGGCCGUCGUCGCAGACGCAGGCAAUAUUCAAGCCAGAGACAUGUCUGACUUGGCAUCGAGCGGACCUGCCCACAGCGUGGCAGGAGAGAAGCCCGCGUCCAGAGCAGACGCACCCUCAUUGAUUGUCACCGACCUCAACUACCAGCCGGCCUGUCUUAUCUGCUUUGCCAGUUUUCAGAAUCGCGAGACGAUCAUUCGCGAACUUCCCUGUGGCCACAUCUUCCACCCCGUCUGCAUCGACGGCCUUCUGUCCGAAGUGAGCUCGUUGUGCCCCGUCUGCAAGGCGUCCAUGCUGCCUCCGGGUUCCUGCCCGCCCGUGACCAACAGCAUGGUCAGGAGGGAGCUGACCGUGCGGAGGCUGCGCGAGCGGCUCUCGCACGAUUCCGACGACGAGGAUGACGACGUCGUCGACGGCGCCCCGGCCGGCAGGAUACGUAGCUGGGGCACCGCCUUUAGGAAGCGGCUGCACAGCAUCGGCCACCGGUCGCACUCGCGCCGCUCCGUCGCCAGCAACGCAGAGUACGGCAACGUGGCCAUUGAGCUGCCCAGGCUCUCGGCAAAGGCCGACGAGCGCCGGCCGAGCAACCAAUCCACCGGCGUUGCCGGCCGGCGGCUCAUCAGGCUGUCGACGCUGAGCUCGGACGCCGACACGGUGGGCGGCACGGGUCCUUCGAGGUGGAAGCGGAUGAGGAGAAGAAUCUUCCCGGGGUUCAGCUGA